GUGUGUGUGUGUGUGUGUGUGUGUGUGUGUGUGUGAUAUCUCAGACGUCACAGCUGCCGUUGGUUCAGUUCAGCUCGGAUCGGACCGGAUCGGAUCAGCGGUUUGGUUCUCCGGAGACCAACCGACACCAGAGCGGAGCCGGAGGCAGCCGGACCGGGACAGGCCGAACCGGCGCCGCGGGGACCCGAACCGAGCGGAGCAGCAGCAGCAGCAGCGGCGGUAGCGGCAGCGGCAGCAGCAGCAGCAGCAGGGCGGAGGGAGAGCCGCCGCUACCCGCCGUGACGUGGGUCCGCCCGGCCGCCGCUCCGCCGCCGCCACGCCGAGAGUCCGAGGCUCCGGACCGGAGCUCCGCCGAGCCGCCGACCGCUCCACCCGCCCGGAGGCCGCCCGAGGAUGGAGAGGAAGCGGGCGGACUGCCCCGCUCUGCCGCCCGGCUGGAAGAAGGAGGAAGUGAUCAGGAAGUCCGGGCUGAGCGCCGGGAAGAGCGACGUCUACUACUACAGUCCUUCGGGGAAGAAGUUCCGCAGCAAACCCCAGCUGGCCCGUUACCUCGGCAACACGGUGGACCUGGCCUGCUUCGACUUCCGCACCGGCAAGAUGAUGCCGGGGAAGCUGCAGAAGAACAAGCAGAGGUUCAGGCACGAUCCUCUGAGCCUGGCCAAGGGAGGCAAACCGGACCUGAACACGGCGCUGCCCAUCCGACAGACGGCGUCCAUCUUCAAGCAGCCCGUUACCAAGGUGACGAAUCACCCCGGCAACAAGGUGAAGGCAGACCUGCAGAGAGCGAGCGAGCAGCCCAGACAGCUGUUCUGGGAGAAGCGGCUGAAAGGUCUGCGGUCGUCGGACGUCACAGAGCAGGUUCUCCGCUCCAUGGACCUGCCCAAAGGCCUGCAGAGCGUGGGCCCGGACUCCAGCGACGACACCCUGCUGUCGGCCAUCGCCAGCGCCCUGCACAUGAGCUCGGCGCCGAUCACCGGACAGACGUCUGUGGCCGCCGAGAAGAACCCGGCCAUCUGGCUGAACACGUCCCAGCCGCUGUGCAAGGCCUUCACCGUGACCGACGAGCACAUCAGGGAGCAGGAAAUGAAAGUGUACCAGGCCAGGAGGAGUCUGGAGGAGGCGCUGACGGCUGACGGUUUGGCGCGGGCCGCCGAAAACAGCCGAGAGCUGCUGCGGGGGAGGACGGCCUGAAGACGGACGGCCUGAAGACGGACGGAGUUCCUCCGUCGACCAGCCUCAGGGUUAUCACCACCUUCAUCUUAAUCCCGACAGCACACCAAACGCACCCCACCCACAGACUGACACAACACCGGCACUGAUCCGCUGCCUCGGCGGGCCGUCGCCUCGACCCGCCUGUCGGGGAAACCUGGACGUCUGUCGGCAUCCGGAGACUGGAGGGACUGUCCAGCAUCGGGUGCAGCGACCACAGCAAUAACAACAACAACAACAACAACGGCAUCAGCAAUGACACAACAGACAAACACCAGCAGCAACUGCAGCAACAGACGCUGCAACUUACGGCAGGAACAUUACAGCUACAGCAGCAAUACGUUGACGAUCCACCAGCUCAGAGCAACCGCAGCCUUUAAUCCUCUCUGUGAUCCGUUGAUACCAGCGUCUGUCUCUUUGUCUCACUUUUCAAAUGCAGAUAAACGUUUUCUUUUUAAUGUAAAGGUGAUAAAAUAAAUAUAUGUGUAUGUACUGAAGAGCAACGCCCUCCUCACACCCAAAGUCAGGUUGCAAACUGCUGGACGGCCUUUGCUAACUCUACUAACCUUGUUUGUGCUCUUUUGAAUGAUUUUGGUUGUUUGUGGUGUCGGACGUCGUCAGUUUUAAACAAACAAAAAGUCUUCAGGGGUUUUAAUUAAAUAAUUUACAUGAAUAUGAAACAGAACAAUUGCUUAUUUAAAAACAAAUUUUAUACCUUCAGAGAACAUACGUGUACAUUUCUUGGACUGGAGUAAAUAAAUGAUUAUAUUCA